AUGAGAGGCCUUGCUUUUCCCCCAAACACACCAGCUGAUCGCGAGCCCUCGUAUGAGUACGGCACCCCAAUCAGCAAUGUCGACGACAUACCCAUUGACCCUGCCCUCGGCGGUGCGCCUAUCGAUCCAGCUCUCAUGCCAGACGAGCAGCACACCAGCGCCGUGCCCGAAAUGCCCCCCGCAAUGGUCAGUCCCACGCGACGCGUCGUGCAUCCGCAGAGUACUCAACCUUUUCUCCUGCCAUCAAAGACAGAGGCCACAAACCAGCUUGCCCCGCACGAGCCCCCGCUCUCCGAUGACUACCAGAUACGCCAGUACUCGCAGGGCCCGCAGGGAGAUCCGUUCGCGCCGCAAAUCCCGACGCCCUUCUUCCCGGCGCUCGAGCAGACGCAGCAGCCGACCCCGCCUCCAAAGCCCAAGCGGAAGCGCAAGGUCUUCAAGGAGGAGGAGUGCAGCUUCUGCCAGGGCUCAGAUGCAAAGAACAAACGCGGCGAAGGCGAGCAGAUGCUCACUUGCCAUGAGUGCGGUCGCAGUGGCUGGCACAUGGAUUGUAUGGUACCCCCUCUUGAAAACCCACCCGAAGGCGAAUGGCAUUGCCCUCAAUGCCCACCCGUCAUUGCCAUCGAACAACCCCAACUUAUUCCCCCACAAGAAGAAGGCGAACAGCCAACAAUACCCUCCGCAAGAGAGCCAUCUGUAGCGUCAACAUCCCGAUCAGCGCUCGAACCCCAGCCAACACCGACCAAACCCAAGCGCAUCCGGAAGCCCUCGACGAGGAAGAAGACCAAGACGGCGAAAGCGGCCGCGAGCGAGGCCUCAGACGAGGACGAGGACGAGGCGCAGGUUCCGGAGUCAGCGACGCCCACCGCGUAUCGGGGCCGCGGCCGGCCGCCGAAGGGCACCGUGCGCGCGAAAGCACGCGCGCCGACCGCGAGCUCUGAGGAGGAAAUCGAGGUGCCCUCUGCGCGGCCGCACAGGCGCAAGCGGCCGCGCGAGUCGUCGCCGCCUCCGGCUAUGUCUACCUCGUCGCGCGUUGUCCGGCUUCGGAUACCGCCACAGCGGGGGAAGGGCAAGGGCCGGGAGGAAGAAGAGCCCGAGCGCGGGUUGUUUGAUGAUAUCCUCGGCGUGGAAGAAAGGGACACCUCCAAGACGACGCCGACGAAUGUUGAUAAAGCGUACUUUGAGCGUAGCAGGAUUGCAGCUGAGGUAAAGACCGCGCCUCCGCCUCCGCCCACAGCGAGCUCGUCCCGGACAGGGCUGGACGGCGAAACUUCGACACCCUCGCACGGCAGGCCAUUGCGCUCCUCCACCCUACAGCGGCACACCACACCGAAACUGCUCGACUUUGCCAACUCCCCUGGGCCCUCGACGCCCGGUGCACACACACCGCUUCCGAAGCUCGAGCCUGGGGUGCUGCGGAUACGCUCGAUACGCUUCGGUCCGUACGAUAUCAAGACGUGGUACGAUGCGCCGUUCCCCGAGGAGUAUGCGUCGAUACCCGACGGGCGGCUGUGGAUAUGCGAGUUUUGCUUGAAGUAUAUGAAGGGCCAGUCGAUGGCUAUUCGGCAUCAGAUAUACUGCCAGAACCUCUGCCUGCUCUCCAAGAUGUUCCUCGACCACAAAUCGCUCUUCUACGACGUCGAGCCGUUCCUCUUUUAUGUGAUCACGCAGAUGGACGAUCUUGGCGGACAUUUUGUAGGGUACUUUAGCAAGGAGAAGCGGUGCCCCAAGGACUACAAUUUGAGCUGUAUCAUGACACUCCCUGUACGACAGCGCCAGGGAUGGGGGAAUUUGCUUAUGGAUUUUAGUUACUUAUUGUCAAAGGUCGAGCAGCGAUUGGGCUCGCCUGAGAAACCACUUUCUAGUUUGGGCGCAUUGGGCUACAAAAAUUAUUGGACUCUUGCUAUCAACCGAUUUCUUGAAAAGGCGCCUGAUAACAUCCGUUUAGAAGACAUCAGCUCGGCGACAUCGAUGACGAUCGAAGACGUGUGCAACACGCUCGUGCAGCUCAACAUGAUCUACAUCCGCGAGGCUACGCCGCCGCCCAUCCGGCCGUCCCCGGGACAAAGCAUCAAGUUCCCCAAAGGCCGCAAAAACGGGCUGCCGCGCAAACAGCUGCAGCGGCUCCAGUCGCACUCUGCCACACCGAACGGGCACAGCGGGUCGGCGCAGGAUAAGGACCGAGACGGCGGUGGCGCGGGCGCGGGGGACGGGAGCGGUAAAGGCGCGUUUGUGCCGCCGAAACACUACGAGAUACGCUGGGACCGUGAAAAAGUGGACGCGUACCUGCGGAAAUGGGAGGCGAAGGGGUAUUUGGCGCUCAAGCCGGAGAAGCUGCAGUGGACGCCGUAUAUUGUGGCGCGGACGGAGGCAGCGGUGGUUGGGGAGCAGAUCCCGGCUGUGAGUGCGGGUGUGGAGGAUGGAGCGACGAAGGAGCAGCAGCAGCAGCAGCAGAGUGUGGUUGUGCCUCCGCCGCCGAUGGUGCAUGAGCCCGAGACGCCUGCGACGCCUGUGUCGGUUCCCGCAGCGCCGCCUCCAGACCCCGACCCAGACCCGGUUGUGGAAAUCAAUGGUGCGACGACGAGCGCGACAGAUGAUUCGCGGCAGCCAUCGCGUUCACCUGCUGUCGAGCCUGAUGGACAGGUGGAAGAUCAGUCGAUGAAUGUUGAUGAUGAGGUUGAUGAUGAUGCGGUUGAAACGAGGGCGCGAACGCGGUCUGGGAACAGAUCGCCUGUGAAGGGGCAAGAGCGACCGCCGCCGAGGAUGACGCGCGCUGUGUCGUUGCCGUCGAGUCCGCCUGCGCAGACGCCGUCCAGAAGCCUGCGGACGCGGUCGAGCCAUCUGAACAUCCCGUCGCCUGCGAAAUCGACUGUGGGGGCAUCGACAUCGACGAGGGCGACGCGGUUGAAGGGUGGUGGUGGUGGUGGUCAUGCAAAGAAGGCGGCGGCGGCGAAUGGUAGCAGCAAGGAGGAGGAGAUGAAGAUGCCGAUGCAGGAGGAGCAACCUGUGCAGCAGACGCCGACGCGCACGCUGCGGUCGGGGCGUGGAGAGGUGCAAAGCGAGAAUAAACGGCCGCUGGUGGUGACUACGCCGCGGGGUGCAGUGGGACGGAAACGGCGGAGGAUCGAGUCGUCGCCCGAGGUGGAGGAAUCGCCUGUGCCGGAGGAGGUGGUGGUCGUGAAGGAACCCCUGAAUGGAGCAGAAGGAGAGGAGACGAGCAUGGUGGUGGACUUGGCGGCGCCGCCGCUCAAGGUGAACGGGGCGGCGGCGGUGGAGGAAAUUCAACCUCCGCCGCUGAUAACUCCGCCUUCAACGGCAACGCCUGUAGACGGGGGCACAGUGGAGGAGGAGAGGGUUGUGAAAUCGGAGGAGGGAUUGACACCGAUGACGAGCGUGUUCAUGGGUUCAAUGGAGUACAAGGGAUACCACGGGGCAGUGCACGCCGAGUCAGAUCUGCGGUCUACGCUGGGAGCUGAGCUGAUGGACCUGGACGACUGCCACGACGAGGAUGCAGACGGAGAGUACGAGGAGGACGACGGGGAGUAUGUGGCAGUUAAUUAA